UGUUAAUUUAGUCUUAGUCAGCGUUUUUGACAGUGAUGCAGUCUUGUCAUCGUCUCGCCGAUGAGGUUGUUGAUGAACAUAUUUCGUCUCGUCUCACGAAAUUAACACCACAAUAAUCCAACCUAGUGUUGAACUAGUGUUUUUGUAUCAUGUCAAAGGUGAUGGUAUUGCCGCAAAGCAAAUAGCAUUAUGGAUGACCUCAAACACACUCUUCAUCCUCCUGCCGUAUGGAAAAAGGUACUAAAAGGGCACUCACAACCUACUGUGUAAGUGUUUCUUUCCACAAGCCAUCAGACUCCUCAACAACUGAACUGAACUGUACCGAGCACACACACACACACACACACACACACACACACACACAUGUGGACUGCACUGAUCUGCACCAAAUACACUCUCGUCCAAUACACAUCAAUGUCUACAGAAACACCCACCUGUUUACAUGAUGUUUUGCACACUUUUUGCACAUGCUGUCUUGCACAUUUCAGUCAAUUCAUGUUUUGCACACUACAUUUCAAUAUUAUAUUAAGUGUAGAUAUGUUUAAAUAAAACCAUCUUGUUCAGAUUCCUAUAUUUUUGAACAAUGUACUGUAUAAUAUACAGAAUGCACACCGGUCAGCACUUCUUUUUGUGUAUUGUUUUGUAGUGUUUUGUAUUGUUUUUUAGAACUGUCUUUUGUCUCCCACUGUUUGCACCAGGAUGCACAGAUGCACUGUACAUUAUGUGACUCGGACAACUUACAAAGUCCUUAGCUCUGUUUUGUUCAUUUUAUCUCUGUUUUUGUUUUUAUGUAGCUCCAUGGUCCUAAAGAAACGUUGUCUCAUUUCACUGUUUACUGCGUCAGCUAUAUACGGUUGAAAUAACAAUAAAGGCUUCUUGACUUGACUUCUCAGGAACCAGGUUACAUAUGUAGAUUUGUGAUGUGUAUAUACAGUAUUUUGUUAUACUGUCCUUUUGUGUUGUUAUUUUGGUUGAUGUCUUUUCAUUGUUUGUCUCACUCAUGUUUCCUGAUUGAUCUCAUUUAUUUUUAUUUCAACCCUAAAAUAUGUUGUGUAUUUAAUCCUUUCUGUGUUUGGUGUGAUAUCCAAGUUCCUUGCUGCUCUGUUCUGGUUUUUGAUCGUGCCGUGAUCCCCCUUUUGUGUGUUUUGGAUUAUCCUUGCUAACUUGGCUUGUACAGUAGAUCGCUCGACCUCUGCCUGUUUCCUGUUAGUCAGUUUUCAUUCAUGAUUUGGAAUAAUCUGCCUUCUCUUUAAAUAAAAUGCCUUUACUGCACCUGAAAUUAACUUUAUUAUUACAGGAUGUGAUGAACUAAAUAGUGUAGAUUCAUGAAAUAAAACCUUUAACUGUACUCUUUAGUCAGUAGUGUUGCAGAUUCCCAGAUUAAUCCUGAUAAUGCCAAACCCAUGGUUACAGAUCAGUAUGAUGAACCACUCUUUGUGCUGCUUAAGUCAAACAAUAAAAACCAAAAUGAACCCUUCUUUAAAUUACACACUAAAGUGAACUUAAUGGUAACUUAAACUUGAACUCCAGUCCUGUUCAGUUUGGUUCAUUUCAGAUUUACAUCCAGUUUGUUUUGUAAAGUAGGGAAAGUUGGAGGUGCUAUUUGGCAGCAUGUCAGAUCACUGUUUCAUCAGAUUUUAAAGUACGGACCAGAAAGACACUCAGAUACACUGUUUAUCAGCUGCAAAAUCUGAUGGUUUACCUCCUUCACAUUUCAGUGACUUUAUCCUCAACACAUCAGUAAUGGAGCGGCGUCUAUUCAUACUCUUGAUUUUCACAGGAUUCAUCCCUCUCGUCCUGUCUGUCCCUCAUCAGUACUAUCUGAUCCAGCAGAGGAAAAUCUGGAGUGAUGCUCAGGCUUACUGCAGAGCCACAUACACUGACCUGGCGAUCAUCGACAGUAAUGACAACAUAGUCCGACUUCAGAAUGAAGCACAAAAACAACAGUUCAGUUCCAGUGCUUGGAUUGGACUCUACAAUCCCAUCAACAGCUGGCGCUGGUCCAUGGGAAACGAACCACUGGGGACUACGUGGUGGUGUUCAGGUCAACCCAAUAAUAUUGUUGGACAUGACGAGUGUGGUGCGAUUGGUCCCUGGGGUUGGAAUGAUCUGGACUGUACUUCACCUCACUCCUUUGUCUGUUUUGAUGUCAGUAAAACUGGAAAUCAGAGGUACAUUUAUAUUUCUACUACUAUGACAUGGCUUGACGCUCAGACUUACUGUAGACAGCAUCACACAGACUUGGCCAGCUCGAGAAAUGCAACUGAAGAAUCAGUGAUACAGGGACUGACAUCUGGCUGGACUUGGUUUGGUCUGUUCAGAGACUACUGGAAGUGGACAGACCAAACUAACUUCUCUACCAUCAGCUGGAUGUCUGGAAAACCAGAUAAUGCUCUGAGGAAUGGAAACUGUGGUUAUAUAAAUAACAGUCAGGCUGCUAAUGCUCAGUGCUCAGACAUAAUGGCUUUCUUUUGUUACGCAGAAAUCACAGGACGACAACAGAUAUUAAAAAUGAAGGUCCGAUCCAAAGAGGAUGCGAAUGAUCCUGCAGUGAUGACGGCCAUCUUGGAGCAGAUCAAAGAGAAACUGAACAAUCUUCUGAGGACACGGAACAUCACAGUGAAAUGGCGAAAACAACCAGAUGGAGUUGUGUUUAACAAGCUGAAAGGAAAAAAUAUACUACCGUAGAAGAUUAAAGUGUGAUCUCUAAAUCUAAAUUCUUUUUAAGUUCUCUUUAUAUUUAUUUUGGAAUAUCUGUUUAGUUUUUAUAUGCAUAUUAGCAUAAUAAGAAUAUGAUGUUAAAUCUCUUUCUAUAAUUAAUGUGUAGUUUGAGAUUCUAUGAUGAAACACACUAUCUGUACAUUAUAAUAAGGUCUUUGGAUAACAUCUUAGGUGUAAGCAGUUCCUUUGACAUGUGUAAUAUUAUUCAUAGAGUUGUAUGAUACUUUAGCACUGUAUUUAUUUAUUGAUUUAUUAAUGUUUUAUUUAUCUAUUUAUUAAAAAUAUACAUUCA